CUUAGGCCCGCCUCUGGCCGGGCCUUAAAUACUCUGAGAGGAGGGAGGUGGUCCACUGAAGUCAGCGGGAGUUCAGCAAAGAUGGGCUUCUAUCCCGAUUUCUCCAUCGAGACUUGGACUUUAAUAGCAAUUGUCAUCAGUCUGAUCGCAGUAUAUGGAUAUGCUCCAUAUGGCUUUUUCAAGAAAAUAGGUGUCCCUGGGCCCAAACCUUGGCCGUUUAUUGGGACUUUUUUGGAAUACACAAAGGGCGUCCACAAUUUUGAUACAGAAUGCUAUCAGAAAUAUGGAAAGACGUGGGGGUUGUACGAUGGCAGGCAGCCUGUGUUGGCCAUAAUGGACACAGCUAUGAUCAAAACAAUCUUGGUUAAGGAGUGUUAUUCUGUCUUCACUAACAGACGGGAUUUCGGCCUUAAUGGACCAUUGCGUGAUGCUGUGUCAGUACUUGAAGAUGAAGAAUGGAAGAGGAUUCGCAGUGUACUCUCUCCAUCAUUCACCAGUGGACGACUGAAGGAGAUGUACUCGAUAAUGCUGCAGAAUUCGGGUAACCUGAUGAGGAGUCUUCAAAAGAAAGUUGAGGUGGACGAAGUCAUCGAGGUUAAAGAAGUAUUUGGACCUUACAGUAUGGAUGUUGUGACCAGCACUGCCUUCAGUGUGGACAUCGAUUCCAUCAACCAUCCCUCUGACCCUUUUGUAGCAAACAUUAAGAAAAUGGUCAAGUUCAACUUUCUGAAUCCCUUGCUUGUGUUCGCGGUUCUGUUCCCAUUCACGCUGCCAUUUUUUGAGAAGCUGAAUGUGUCCUUCUUCCCCGCUCAAGUGUUGGACUUCUUCUACAGCUUUCUAAAGCAGAUCAAAUCAGACCGGAAUGAGAGUCAACACAAAAGCCGAGUGGACUUCAUGCAGUUAAUGGUUGAAGCUCAGAUUUCAGAGGGCAACCACACGGAUCCAAAUUCCACAAAAGGGCUGACUGACAAUGAGAUCCUUUCUCAGGCCAUGAUAUUCAUCUUUGCUGGAUAUGAAACCAGUAGCAGCACACUGGGGUUUACAUCCUACCUGCUGGCAACCAACCCUGAGAUCCAGAAGAUCCUGCAACAAGAAAUUGACAAAACCUUCCCCGAUAAGGGUAAGCUGACCUAUGAAGCCCUGAUGCAGAUGGAAUACAUUGAAAUGGUGAUCAAUGAGUCAAUGAGGCUGUAUCCUAUUGCUAAUCGGUUAGAGAGAGUAUCAAAGGCCUCUGUGGAAAUUAAUGGUCUGACCAUACCUAAAGGAACCGUCGCCAUGGUUCCAAUUUACACUCUGCACCGCGACCCUUCUUUGUGGCCUGAGCCUGAUGCCUUCAAACCCGAAAGGUUCAGCAAAGAGAACAAAGGCAACAUCGAUCCUUAUGCAUUCCUCCCCUUUGGAGCUGGGCCAAGGAACUGUAUUGGCAUGCGAUUUGCUCUCUUGAUGAUGAAGUUGGCCUUAGUGGAGAUCCUGCAGAGGUUCACCUUUGUCACCUGCAAAGAGACAGAUAUCCCACUGGAGUUGGGAAGUGAUGGAUUCACCACACCCAAGAAUCCCAUCAAGCUGAAGCUGGUCCCGAGAGAAGAUGUUGCCAAUUCUCCUUCGAGCUAAUUCUGUAACCUGUGAGGCAGUUACCUAACACCUAAUUAAAA